AGCACUUGUCAAGGGCAGUUCGUGACGUAGCCCAGUGGGUGGGGAGAGCAUGGAGUUGCUUUCUGGCUUCUUAAGUUCUUUUCGUGGAUCUUCCAGGGAGAAAGCGCAGCCCCGCAUCAUGGACGAACGAGCCCUGGAGGUGUAUGAUAUAAUUAAAAAUAUCCGGGAUCCUGAGAAACCAAGCACGUUGGAAGACUUGGAUGUUGUUUCGGAAAGCUGCGUUUCCGUUCAGGAGGUGGAUGAUGAAUGUUAUCUGGUUAUCAUCAGAUUCACACCAACUGUCCCACACUGCUCCCUGGCCACCCUUAUAGGUCUGUGUCUACGAGUCAAGCUGCAGAGAUGUCUGUCUUUCAAACACAAGCUGGAAAUCUAUAUUUCUGAGGGGACUCACUCAACAGAGGAAGACAUUAAUAAACAGAUAAACGAUAAGGAGCGAGUUUCUGCAGCCAUGGAGAAUCCAAACCUGCGGGAAAUUGUGGAGCAGUGUGUCACAGAACCGGACUAGAGUGGUUCUAGAGGCCCAGUAACCAGCUGUUGCUGAACGCUGACCAAGAAUGUAUGGUUGAUGGUAUGGAAUCCCUGCUCAGAGGAAGCCAUUGUAUCAGAUAUGCAGUUGGAUUCAUUGCAGUCUGGGCUCUCUUGUUAACAGAGGCAGAGAUGCUAACGGACCCUGGGAUAGAACAUAUUCCUCAAAUAAUUCUCAGUUUCCCAGUCUGAGAAUGUUGUAUUGCUCAUCUCAGGAUUGAACCUUAAAGCCCCUGAAGGUUACUUGUGACUGCCAAUGGGAAAUCUGUUCUGAAUGUAGGAGAUCUUAUGGGCAUUAUAAUAACCUUCUCUGCGCUCUACAGAUAAAUAAAAUACAUCUUUUUUUA